AUGAUCGUGUCCUCCGCGGAGGCGCGCUCGGACUCGAGCACCCCGCGCGCGCUCAGCCCCACCGGCCACGCGCUGGUGGCCGCGUGCCUCGGUAUGAUCAGCGCGCUCGGCAUCCUCAAUAACCUGCUGGUGCUCGUGCUGUUUGGCCGCUACAAGGCGCUGCGCUCGCCCAUCAACAUGCUGCUGCUCAACAUCUCCGUCAGCGACCUGCUGGUGUGCGCGCUCGCCACGCCGUUCAGCUUCGCCGCCAGCGCGCGCGGACGCUGGCUGAUCGGAGAGCAGGGCUGCGUGUGGUACGGCUUCGCCAACUCGCUGCUGGGAAUCGUGUCCCUCAUCUCCCUGGCCGUCCUCUCAUAUGAGCGAUAUUCAACCAUGAUGGGCCCAACAGAGGCUGAUGCCACCAACUACAGGAAGGUAGCGAUGGGUGUGCUCUUAUCCUGGGUUUACUCCCUCUUCUGGACUCUGCCUCCUUUCUUUGGCUGGAGCCGUUACGGCCCUGAGGGGCCCGGCACCACCUGCUCAGUGGACUGGACCGCCAAGACGGCCAACAACAUCUCCUACAUCAUCUGCCUUUUCAUCUUCUGCCUUAUCCUUCCUUUCCUCGCCAUAGUCUACUCCUAUGGUAAGCUGCUGCAUGCUAUCAAACAGGUCAGUGGGGUGAACACGGCGAUGGGCCGCAAGCGGGAGCACCGUGUUCUGCUUAUGGUCAUCACCAUGGUGGUCUGCUACCUUCUCUGCUGGCUUCCUUACGGCAUCAUGGCCCUGAUGGCCACGUUUGGAGACCCAGACCUCAUCACGGCAGAGGCCAGCAUUGUGCCCUCUCUGCUGGCCAAAACCAGCACAGUCAUCAAUCCCAUCAUCUACAUCUUCAUGAACAAACAGUUCUACAGAUGUUUCCGGGCGCUCCUUAAAUGCGAGACGCCACAGCGAGGCUCCAGCUUGAAGAGCUCAUCCAAAGCACACAAACCCACUCGAGCCAUGAGACGAACUGACAACAACUUUACCUGCAUGGCAGCUUCAGUCGGCCACACGACAGCAGCGCCCCCAUCAACAGACGCUGCGAAACCGCCGAUGGUAUCCCUGGUGGCUCACUACAACGGCUGAGGGUCAUUCUGAGGGUCAUUCUUAAAACAAAACUUUUAGCUCAGCGGCUUCAUCUCCAGCAGGAGCAACAAGGAACUCUUACAAGAUCGAAGAGCAUUAAUGGUGUGUGGCAGUGAUGAACAACAGCCCACCAAGGGCGGUGAGCUGUGUGCACUUGCUGCCCUUUUUAAUGACUAUUUGUACAUUUGAGUCUGUGCUCAACAUUUAAAUGAGGCUACAUGGGAGCCGUACAUUAUUUGACAACUGACCAGUCCAAUUCCUGUUCACCAUUUAAGACUUGUAGCCAUGGAUUGAAUUCUGGGCCUUGAGGCUUUGAACAAAAAAAAAAGCUUUUUCAAAAAUUCCUAACACCUCCAACUUGUGCAGAAACAAACCUGUGCCUGUAAAGUGCUGAUGACAUCUUAAGUGUGAUAAUGUUGCCUAGGGCCCAGCGCUAGAUCUCCGUUUUGCCUCCAGGCAGUUAUAAUGUUCGUGAAUUCCAAUUCUCUGGCAAACUGACUCUCAACAAAGAGGAGGAUGAAGAUAUUGAGUCUGUCUUGGGUACAUCAAGGAUUUCAAGCAGCUUUUCAGGCUGCUUAAAACCCAGCAACUGUCUCUAGCGGCGUGUAGAAGACACGCCACUCUACACAGACUAGUUAUCAGCAUGAUAACGGGCUAACGCUAGCUGGCACCACAAUAUUUACCUCAGAAGGCCUCCUUUUCUGCUCUAGAUUCAGGGAAAGUUUUACGGCUGAGCCUGUACUUGUGGUGGAAGGUUGAUGGGAAUGCUGAACAGCUAGUAAAUCUACAGCAAUUAACAGCAAUUAUGUUGCAAAAAAACUCUUCGCCCCACAAACAUCACAUGCUAUUUUGCUAGCUCGCUAGUUAUGAUCACUCAUCUCCAAAACCGUAGUUUUGAUUGUUGCCUCAGGGACUGCGUCUGCUUUUCUUUCUAGAAUUGAUGAGUCAGUCUCAUGAUCAGCUCUUCAUUUGAAGGCUACCUACAUAAGGAUUUAACAUAUGCAUCAUUUUUAGCAGUUUAAAAAGCAGAGCUCAAGUAUUUGAGAACAGCUCAUGUCAAUAAUAAUGUUUUAUGAAGUUAAUGACAAUUGUAUUGACUUCAAUGACCGACAUUUAUAUCAUUCUAUUUAACACUGUUAUGAAGAACCUAAAAGGCCCAGUGAAGAACACCAUAUACUGUAUUAGUUAGUAUUAUACCGUAAAAUAUAUAUGGAAAUCAUCAUGAGGGCAUCAAAAUAUUAGUUUUCUUGUGAAUAGUACUUUGUAGCUUUGGAGUGGAAUUAAUUUCCAUCAGUUUUGUUUAAUUUCUUUCUGCAGGCCCCCUGUGGCCAUUCCACCAGUGGAAGGGAAAUCAACUUGGAUAUUUCUAAUGAAUAUAAUGAAACAAAGUCCUGUUUUCCUGUCAGAUUAAAUAUAGUACACCACUGGCUCUGUGUGUGAAAUGAGGUGACUGUUGAGCUGCUAGUGAGCAAUAAGGGGUAAAACCUAACAACCCUGUACAACUGACACAAUAGAAAAUAGCAUUUAAACACAAUAAAAACGUGCUUGAUCACUUAAAGACUAAAAUCCAGUUAGCUUCCAGUUUUGUAAAUCACACAUUUCCAUCAAAAUAAUUCCAUCAAUAUGGAACAAGAACAGAAACAAAACCCCAGAUCUCUU